AUGACAUCCAUCGACGCGCUGGGAGCAUUUUCUCAUUUGCAAAGUAAUCUACCCAGCUGGAUUACCCGUGUCUCAAAGCUAGCAGCUCACGCCUCCCUCAAACAUGCCGAGUACAGCGCGGCGUACGGGCGCCACGCCACACAUAAGUCUCGCCGCCGCAAGAAUAGCUCUAUCUCCUCCAUCCACACUACCGACGUGGAGCCCAUCUCACAACGCCCGUGUCCUAUGACAGAGUCGACUGAUACAGUUACACCCGCCGAACAUGAACCUGCUACGCCGCUGCAGACCGCUGGACGGAAGCGCAGCGCGGAGCAGACACCCUCCAUUGAGUCAGACGAUCGGUAUGAUUUUGUGAGCACGCGGCACAAUGUCAUCAUAGAGUAUGAUGGCCAUAUACAGAAGUCUCUGGAAGAGAUCGUACGGGACAUUGGAAUUGCUAGAAAUCACCUCCGAAGAGGCAAAAUGUCCAUGGUGACCCGCCGCAGCCCUCGAUUCGGUCUUCGACACCAGAUCUCUCUUGAGGGCGUGCAGCCAGCCGAGAAUGAAUCGCCAUUGUCCUCGCUAUCCUUUGUGCGAAGCACUCGAGCUGGCAGUGGCCUGCCGUCCAUGAACGGGUCUAUGAAUGGAUCUACGGCGAUUGCUAAGGAAUCAUCUUUUGACUUUGCAGAGAAGCAGUUGGAAUUAGCCCAUAGCCUGUGUGAGACGGCUGCCUAUCAGGUUCUUCGAUUGGGAGAUUGCGGUACGGAGCUUGAUGGUGUUGAAGAAAAGUUCAAGAUUCUCUUCGAGAUGGCCGAGAGAGAAGUCAAGCGUCUCGAAGAAGAAAAGAGGCAACAGCAAGAGGAGGUCACCCUCGAAUUGAAAUCCACGCAGAAGGGCGUCGAAGAGGAUGGGCCGAUCAAACCAUUGACCCCGACUGCCGCACGACUGGCUCGGUUGGCCGCCAUUGCCGCCAGCAAGCCAACAACGACUGCCCCUGACACCAUUGAGGUCGACGAUGCAUCAUCCAUCUCUGUCGAAUCGAUUGAUCUUUCUGCAUUUCGAGCCUCGCGGAUCCGAAUUUAA